CGGCCCUGUCCUGCUGCGCAUGCUCGGUGCUCACUGCCUGGCUGGGACCUUUGCGCCCAGGAGCAUCUGCCGCUCCGUCCGCACCCCGGCCUGCGCAUUCCUCGCUAUGACGGCGCACUCCUUCGCCCUCCCGAUCAUUAUCUUCACCACGUUCUGGGGCCUCAUCGGCAUCGCCGGGCCUUGGUUCGUGCCGAAAGGACCCAACCGCGGAGUGAUCAUCACCAUGCUGGUAGCCACCGCUGUCUGCUGUUACCUCUUCUGGCUCAUCGCCAUCCUGGCUCAGCUGAACCCGCUGUUCGGGCCACAGCUGAAGAACGAGACCAUCUGGUACGUGCGCUUCCUGUGGGAGUGAACGCUGCCGCCUCAGCCCAGGUACCCCAGCUCUCUGGAUGACCUUGGAUCAACCGUUCCUGAUGAUCUCUUUUUCCUCAUCCCCACAGCUGUGUCCUGGUCCCUCUGUGUUCCCUCCCCCUGGGCCUGCCUGAUUCCCGGAGGUACCCCCAUCCCCAAGCAACCCAGGCCCCGAGCUCGGAGUCAGGCUGGCGUGGGAGAGAGCCCACCCUCACACUCCCACUCUCCCCUCCCAAGCCGAUCCUGGAAGGCCAGGUGUCCUGUGGAGAAGGGCACCCCGCCCAGGAUACUCCGAGCCUGGGGGGACCAGGCCAAAGGAAGCCGCAGAUGGGGCGUCAUGUCAGCUCUGGCCUGGUCCUGCUGUGUGGUUCUAGGAGCGUCUCUUCCUCCAGGGCCUCCUCACCUGUGAGGUGGGGGCUCCACCGGGGCGUGUCAAAGGCCUUUCUUGGAAUUCUCUAAUUUUCUGGCACAUUUAGAUGUAAAAUGUCUGAAAUGUUGAAGUAAUGGAAAACUAUUCACACAUACACAUAUACAAAUAGUAAUUUGGGUCAAGAUUGAAACUUCUACAUUUAGUAUCCUUUAUAGCUAUCAAGUUACUAAAAUCGGCCUCCUCAGAAAGCUGUACCUUCUCAGAAUAUCCUGUUCCCUCCUUCCUCCCCUACCUGUCCAACCUCCCACCCCCCUAAACUCCGCUCAGUCCCAGAGGCUCAGAAACUCAAGCUGCUCCUGCCACAGGCCUGGACUCCGCCUCAUUCAGCCACAGGCGGGCAGAUUUCAGAGCCCCGCACAGCAGCACCUAGGUCACCUGGAGCUGGGAGGAUGAAGAGGGAUAGGUGUAGGUGAGGUUUGGGCGGCUCUACGAGCCCCUGAGGCCGGGACCAGACCUGUCUGCUCGGAGCGGGCUGGGAGGGUGAGGGCUGGAGAAGCGCCCUGGCUGACGAGGGCUGGGAGGCCGACCUUGCUGACGUCAGACCAGAGGGAUCGCGGGACCCCCAGUCCAUGCUCUUCUCCCAAGAGUUGAGGCUGAGACCUCAGACGCUUGCCCUCAGUUCCAGAGCUAAUUGGGGUUAGCUCUGCCACAUUACCUCCUGGGGGGGAGAAGCCAAGCUCAUGUAUUUAUUAACUAUUUAUUUGAUUGCUGUUCCUCCCACGUAGUGGGUGUUGUUUUUGGAACAGCGGUGUCUUUGGAACAAUGUGAUGACACCUCGCUGGGAUUUCUUGGUCUUGGGCUUUGGCCUGUUGCUCAGAGCUCAGGUUGGGGCCUCCUUUGACAUCCCACCCAUCCCCCUUUCAAACUCCCUUAUUGUACUGACCUCCGUGGCCCUCCCGGGGUGGGGGGUGUUGCGUGUGGGUUGUACAGAAAACCGAAUCCAUGUCUAGUGAGUCAUGAGUGGUGGGAAAUUACUGUUUGGUGGCAGAGUCCUGGCAAAGGUGAAGUUUGCAGACUACCACCCCUGCCCACCUGCUUCCCAUUUCCUCAGUGGGGGGGUUGGGGAACAGGAAAAGGACUGGCAGCUGCUUGGAGCCGCAGCUCUGGGAUGUGGACACAGUACAUUUUCCUGAGACCUGAAGGAAAGUCCAGCUGUCCCGGAUUUUGCCCAGAACGAGGCUGCCGGGUGGAGGAAGAAGACGACGGAGGACUUGUCCAAGUGGAGCUUUGCCCACCACUCAUCUGCCCCCAAUCACAGAGUGAACGUCUCCUGGGCUGUGCAAUAAAGCAGGUCCCCAACAUUCCCA